AUGUACUCGACGGACAACGUUCCACACACGGGGUCCACACAGAGGGCCACACACGAAGCUCACGAAAGCAAUCCGAUAUACCCUAUCCUGGUGCCAGCGAGCAAGGAGGGCACAGCAACACUAACCUACAAUCUUAACGGCAAGGUCACCGUCCUGCAGCUCACGCGAAAACCUGGCGGAAGCCAAGAGGAGUCGACCGGCGGCUGUCAGCACUACCGUCACGACCAAACCGGGCUCAUCGUCUGUGAUGGGCACAUCCGUGGAACCUUCCACCGAAAGGACGGAAUAUUCCGUCUCGAGUACGAUGCCUCCGCUGGACUGCACUUUAUUCAUAGACUGAAGGAAGCAGACUGGCCUCGGAAAGCGACCAGCCGGAGAGUGAAACGAAACCAGCUGUCGACCAUCAAAGGCCCUUACCAGGCCAACCGUCACUCGCGGUACGUGGAGCUGCUACUCGUUGUCGAUCGGACACUGUACCAGAAGCUGGGCAGCGAUGCGUGGAAGGUCUACGACUACUGUACGAAUAUCGCCAAUCAUAUCAAUAUGCUCUACAAUCCGCUAAACAUCUUCAUCGCCCUCACGGACGUGAUCAUGUGGAUGGACAAGGACGCGAUCACUGUUUCACCGAAGGCCGAGGAGACACUGAACAGUUUUCUGUUGUACCGAUCGCGGACUCUGCUUCACGAAUACCCGCACGACCAUGCGCAGCUUCUGACGGCCAUCGAGUUUCGGGACAAUGUCAUAGGAAAAGCGAAAGUCGCCGGCAUGUGCUCCGACCAGAGCUCGGGCGCGAUCGUGCGCGUGCACACGGAAGACGUGGCCGUGCAGGCGAACACGGUGGCGCACGAGAUGGGUCACAGCUUCACGAUGGAGCACGACGAGGACGGGAACUGCUCCUGUCCGGACCGGAAGUGCAUCAUGACCAGCACCGUCACGGGUCUGAGGCUGAAGCACUGGAGCAACUGCAGCACGGUGCAGCUGGCCGGAGCAUUCCGACGCGGACUGCACCACUGCCUGACGAACCGACCGAUGCGUCUGGCGAUGGAAAGCUGCGGCAAUGGGUUCGUGGAGCCCGGUGAAGAGUGUGACUGUGGGCUGGAGGAGGCAUGUGAGAAUCCGUGCUGCGAUGCGCCUACCUGCCGACUACGCCCGGGAGCCGAAUGUGCCACGGGCGAGUGCUGCGAUCUGGCCACUUGUCAGGUGCGUGAGGCUGCCACCGUCUGCCGGUCGGCGGGGGGAGAAUGUGAUCUUCCCGAGUACUGCACCGGUGAGUCCGAGUACUGUCCACCGGAUGUCCAUCGGCGCGAUACGGAAGUGUGUGCGGGUGGAGCGGCACACUGUAUCGCUGGUCACUGCCGAACGCGAACUGACCAGUGUCGGACACUGUGGGGACCGUCGGGGCACGCGGCAAGCGAUGCGUGUUAUAAGGAGAACACCAAGGGUACGAAGUACGCCAACUGUGGGUACGAAGGACGGCCAGCCGAGCGGUUCCGGAAGUGUGACGCGGCCGACGUACAAUGCGGACUGCUCUUCUGUCACCACCAUCGCCAGGGCGAGGAGCUGGAUAUGGGUCUGUUCAAUGGCGAAACGUGGCACAGUGUGGCCAAGGGCAACGAGACGUUCCGGAGGCUAUACUGUCACUCGGCGUACGUCGAUCUGGGUGAUGGACACGCCCAGCAUCCGGCCUUCGUCCCGGAUGGGGCGCCGUGCGGCCAGGAUCGGAUGUGCUACCGGCAGCGCUGCGAAAGCAUCGAACGACUGAAUGCCUGGGGUCUGGGUGCGGCCAUUUGCCCACGCGAUUGCCACGGUCGUGGUGUGUGCAACAGCGAGGGCCACUGCCACUGUCAACCCGGGUACGAUCCCCCAUUCUGUGAGCAUCGGGGAGUUGGCGGGUCUCUCGACAGUGGACCACCGUCGACGGUGUCACCCGUACGGCAGUACCUAACCCUCGGCUCACUGGUGAUCCUGGGCUGCAUCGUGACGAUCGUCCUGCUCAUACUCUGCCUCCGCAGUCCAUUUGUAGGCCCGGUUGGACAGCACCGGCUGGCUCACUGGAGGCGUCCCUGGCGAUUGUACAAAGUACGGGGCACUAGUCCAAGGACAACGACACACAAGGCCCCAAGCCAUCGACCGUGUAUUGCUCGCGAUACCAUAUCACUGCCAAAGUAUCACUCGUCGACACGGGACAUCAGCGACGAUCGGCAGUUCCGGCCGAUCAUGGCGGUGACAGUGGUGAACCGGCCAGAGGGUUCCUCGCACGACCCGCAGCUCACCCUCCAAUACCCCUUAGUGGUCCCAGUCCACGGCCGGUGUUCAACGGAUUGGCGACCACCGGCUCCCAUCAAUCGUCAACGGCCAUUUUAAACUAAAGUAAAUUAAACACUGCUCAAAUGAACUGAACAAUAAUAAUGGAAGUGUGGCCGUAAAACAUGGACCGUUUUUGGGA